AUGUUCCGAGAAUGCGUUGAAUUGAUUGCGUUUCCACGAGUUUCGGCUUUGGGAAUGGACUCGACCGUGGCGCUGCUCCUUCUGACCGCCUGCAUUCUGGAACUCGUGGUUGGUCAGCAAGGACCGGUGUUCGUUCUCGAGCCACCGAGUACUCUGGUCUUCUCCAAUACCACAGGCUCCCAGCUAAGCUGCUCCGCUCAUGGGAGCCCAACUCCGCACGUCACCUGGAUAACCAGUCCGGAUCAGAGAUCGGUCACCGCAGUUCCUGGACUAAGACAGCUGCUCGGGAACGGCACCCUCUACUUUCCGCCAUUUCUGGCGCAGGAUUUUCGGGCGGAAGUGCACAACGCUAGGUACAGGUGUCGCGCGACCAGUUCAGUGGGAGCAGUGCUUUCUAGGGAAGUUACACUUCGUGCCGUGCUGACGGUCCCCGACUACGACGUCAGGGUGAACAGGUCGACGGUUCUGAAGGGAUGCAACGCAGUCCUGUCUUGCACGGCGCGAGAAGACGUGAAGGAGCACCUGACGGUCACCUCUUGGUUCCGAGACGAGGCCAUCCUCCUACCUGGCAGCACGGACACGGGUGCGAGAUUCGUGGUCACAUCUCAAGGGGAUCUACACAUCAAAGCCGCGAGACCGGAAGACGGCAGAGCCACCUACUCGUGCUUAACUUUCCACGCGUUAACUGGUGAAAGGAGAAGAAGCAAGCAAGCAAAGCUAACAGUCACAGAACCGACGGAAUUUAUGGCGCCACGAUUGAUGCAGAGAUCUCAGAUCGCCAUCUCGGCGGAAAGCGGCUCGGACGUUCAUCUAACUUGCUCAGCCCAGGGGAGCCCACCCCCGCAAUUUACUUGGUAUCGCGAUGUUAACGGCCAUUCGGUACCAGUCGAAUCAUUUGGCCGAAUUCAGCUGUGGGGUGAUUUGAUGCAAAUUCGCCGCGUGGACGCUCAGGACGCAGGAAGGUACAUUUGUCUAGCCAGCAAUCAGGUCGGCAAGCAACGAGCGGAAACACACCUGUCGGUCACUUCAAAACUUAACGCGCGGAUACAGCCCCGUGUUCAGAUCAUCAAUUCCGGGGAGUCGGCCACUAUGAAUUGCACGGUGGAGGGUUAUCCGGUCGAGAGCGUCGAGUGGUUGCACGACGGUGUGCCGGUAUUGACCGCGCAGGACACGAGGAUCAGAUUGCUGGUUCCUCUGGUGCUCGUGAUAGGCUCGGUGGGCCGAAAGGACAAGGGGAUGUAUCAGUGCCUGGUCAGAAGCGACAAGGAGAACGCACAGGCCACCGCGGAAUUGAAGCUUGGAGAUACUGUACCAGAAUUACAAUACACGUUCAUCGAGCAAGCAUUGAAACCUGGUCCUACAGUAUCCUUGAGAUGCUCUGCAACAGGAUCUCCGCCGCCAUCGUUCACUUGGCUGCUAGACGGAGAGCCUCUAAGCGAAAUCGCCUCUGGACACAGGUACGCAAUAGGACAGUACGUCGAUCAGUCUGGAGACGUGAUCAGUCAUUUGAACAUAUCGACAGCCGGAGCCGAAGAUGGCGGCCUCUACGCCUGUGUCGCGGCCAACACCCUGGCCACGGUCGAGCACAAAGCUAGACUGAACAUUUAUGGACCGCCGUACAUCCGAUCGAUAGGACCGGUCCGUGCGAUAGCCGGUGUCGAUACCACCAUAGCUUGUCCUUAUUCCGGCUAUCCUAUCACGUCGGUUGAGUGGUCUCGUGGAGGAGCCGCGCUUCCUCUCAACAUAAGGUACGACGUCGACAACGAGGGCCAUCUUAACAUCGCAAACGUGGAUCCAAAUGACGCUGGCACUUAUACUUGUAUGGUACGAGCUAGAUCUGGCGAAACGGCAAGCAGAGACAUCCGGUUGACUGUCAGCAGUCCACCUGUUAUGAGUCCUUUCAAUUUCCCAGCAAAUCUCCAAGAAGGCAGUCGAGCACAGGUCACCUGCACCGUCACUUCUGGUGAUCUUCCAAUCUACUUCUCCUGGCUAAAAGAUGGCGAACCGUUACCUUCUUCUUUACGUAUCGAGGAGAAGAUGGUCGAAUUCUUCAGUCUACUCGUCUUCAAGGAGCUCUCCUCACGCCAUAGCGGCAAGUACACUUGCGUGGCAACUAAUAGCGCGGCCAAGGUCAACCAUACUACUGAACUUUUGGUAAAAGUGCCACCACAAUGGAUCUUUGAACCGCAAGACGUAGCCACCCUCCUGGGGAAUCCAUUGAAUAUCCAUUGCGAGGCCAAGGGGUUCCCUCCGCCACGUGUCACGUGGUUGCGAGCUAGAGGAAGAACCUCUAACGACUAUCAUCCACUGGUUGAUGGAUCUGACGGGAGAUUGACCAUUCUGCCUAAUGGAUCUCUGUGGACAGCCUCAGCUGGGCCUCAAGAUGAAGGACAUUAUCUGUGUAGAGCGAAUAAUGACAUUGGAUCUGGUCUGAGCAAAGUGAUCUAUGUGUCUGUUCAUGAGCCAGCGAGAUUCGAGUUUCAGAGCAAGAAUGUGACAAUCCGUCGUGGCGAGUCCGUGACGUUGGAUUGCACUGUCAUCGGGGAUAAUCCUAUAGAAGUGCAAUGGAUGCACAACAGUGAUCGGUUAGACACGAACAGCCACCGACUGAGCAUCAGUCAAAUAAAAACAGACACUGGCCUUAAGUCGCAGUUGUCUAUAGGGAGCAGCGAUCGUCAAGAUUCUGGGGCUUACAGGUGCACAGCUGACAACGCUUAUGGGAGGAGCGAACAUCUAAUUUAUCUUGCAGUUCAGGAGAGACCAGAUCCACCAGCUUCGCUAGAAGUUAUAGAAAUCAGCUCACGAUCGAUACGAUUACUGUGGAAGAGAGCUUUCGACGGAAACAGUCCAAUACGAAAUUACGUUAUUCAGUAUCGAUCGUUGAAUCAUGGUUCACCAGACGACUGGAAUCCUGCAAAAACGCACAAUGUUACUUACACGCCCGGAAGUACUAAUAACGGAAACAACAUACAUCCAACACAAAAUGGUUUAUCCCCUUUCGAAACUACCAGCGACGAUCAAGAAGUGGCUUUAGUAGGUGGACUUCACCCAGCAGUAACUUACACAUUCCGCAUAUUUGCUAUUAAUUCAAUAGAUGUGAGUGUACCUACUGAUCCUGUGGUUGCCAAAACUCAGGAAGAAGCACCCACUGAAUCACCACAAAAUAUUAAAGUGCAAUCAGCAGGGCCUGGAGAACUUAUGGUCAGCUGGCAGCCACCCCCAAAAGAGUCCUGUAACGGAGAUUUAUUGGGCUACAUAGUGACAUGGUCGGAGCAUUCAUCUUCGACGUCAGGUGUGAACCAAAGCAAAAGUUUAACCGUGAACGGAUGGGCGACUACAAAGGUGCAACUCACCGGCCUGAGAAAGUUCACCAAGUACGAUAUAUCGAUCAGAGCUUUCAAUAGUAUAGCCAGCGGCCCGGCCAGCGUUCCCAUUGUUGGAACAACACAGGAAGGAGUCCCAGAAACUCCACCAACACAGGUAUCGUGUGUUCCUCUGUCUUCCCAAAGUGUAAAAGUUUCUUGGAGUGCACCUCCACCCCACCAACAUGGUGGAAUUAUCCAAGGUUACAAAGUAUACUACAGACCAGUGCCCACUGACAAUAUGGAUAUAUCAACAGUGGGUGAAAUAAAAAAGACUUCUAGUGUCGAAACGUAUCUGCACACUCUUUACAAAUAUACAAAUUACUCUAUUAGAGUAUUGGCUUACACAGGAGCUGGCGAUGGAGUCCUGAGUCCACCAAUUUUUUGUACAACCGAAGAAGAUGUGCCAGGCCCUCCAGCUGGCAUUAAAGCUUUAGCAUUAACCGCGGAGAGCAUAUUGGUUUCGUGGUUGCCACCCCUGCAACCGAAUGGGAACGUCUCCAAGUACACAGUUUAUAGCAGAGAAGCAGGCUCCAGUAACCAUAAUACGCAUACCAUGCAUGAAUUACCAUCGUCGUCGACUGAUACUCUUACUAUGGAACUACGAGGCUUGGUUGAAAGACAAUUAUACGAGUUCUGGGUAUCAGCAACCACAGGUAUAGGUGAGGGAGAACCAACCACUAUAGUAACUCAAACUACAAAUACCAGAGCUCCAGCUAGAGUGGCAUCCUUUUCACAAUUAUUGAGAAGGGCGAUUAAAUCAUCGAUUACCUUAUCCUGUUUGGUCGUGGGUAAUCCUACACCUCGGCCAAUAUGGACGUAUCGAAAUAGUCAAGUUUCUACUGGCAGACAUUACGAAUUAACUGCCGAUGGCCAUCUCAAUAUUCGUGGACUAGAACAAUCUGUCGCGGGAAAUUACACGUGUUCAGCUAGUAACUUGUUCGGCGAUGAUUCCAUCACUUACACGUUGGUCGUGGUAAUGCCUCCUAGAGCACCAACAUUAGAACUGCAGUAUACAACAACGAAUAGCAUAAAACUUAGAUGGAAUCAUCCCAAUAAUGGUGGUGCUACUAUUCAAGGCUACGUAUUAAGCUAUAAAAGGGACCAAGGUGGUUGGGAAGAGAUUGCAUUAUCACCCGAACAGACUGAGUUCAUUUUAUCAGGUUUAAAAUGCGGUUCCUCUUACUUGGCGCACUUAACAGCACAUAAUCGUGUGGGUACUGGAGAUCCAAGUCCCCUAAUAAGUGCUACGACGAAAGGAACUGCUCCGUUAUUACCAAAGGAACGAGACAUUAUCUCUGCCAACGGUACCUCCGUAAAAUUAAAUCUGCUAUCCUGGCCAAAUGGUGGUUGCCCUAUUCAAUACUACACUGUAGAGUAUCGUAGACGGAUCAGCACUGAACCAUGGAUUCUAGUGGCAAGUCGUGCUACAGAGAAUCUAGUCAUAAGAGAUUUAAAGACUGCCUCGUGGUACAAUUUACGACUAACAGCGCAUAAUGACGCUGGAUCUACACAAACACAAAUGGAAUUUGCGACAACCACUCUUAGUGGCGUUAGCAUUGGUCCUCCGAACGAUCUAAUUAUGGAAGACGAUAUUAAGAAAACUAUUCCUAAUCACAAAGUACUUUACGUAGUUGUACCUCUCAUCUGUGCAAUUGUGCUAAUUAUUUCGGCUGCUAUUUUGGGAUACGUGAUGCUAAAACGCAGUGGAAGAGCUAGCUAUUUGGGAGAUAUACUUCCUGGACAGCAACAAAAUCAACAGACAGGAUUGGGAUUAGUUCAACAACAGCAACAACAUCAACAGCACCAUCACCUUUCAAGUUGUAUGUCUACCAUGCAACUAAAAUCCACUGCUGAACGUGAUAAUAGAAGGAAUCAUCAAGUUUAUACUAGCUCACCAGUGAAACAAGAGAACCAUAAAUCGAACGACCAUGGAUCAGAAAUGUACGAAAUAAGUCCAUAUGCUACAUUCAGUGUACCAGGGAGAGAAAAUCGUUCAGUGACCACUGCCACACUUGACUACACAAUGCAGUUCAAAACGUUUGGCCAUUUGGAAAAUGAAGACAUCAAUACGAUCGAUUAUGAAAGAUCCAGCGUAGAUUUUGAGAGGUCUAAAACACCAAGGUGGCACAAGCAACGGUAUUUCCCGAGUAUCGCGGAAGCGGAGAGCAAGCUACGCUCAAGUCGUCAAGGUUCCGGGAGUGAUACGUCCGGAAGUCCUUGCGGAGAGUGCGCUGGGCCUAGUUACAGGGUACCAGUCAAGCCCUGCAGAGAUGUAUUUUCACGAGGAGUAGAAUCGAGUACAGAAUCCAACAACGAAGGCUCACCUUCACUUGCGAGACGUCGAAGCCGACAGCCGAGCCGGUCUACUCGCAGUUCGGUGGAAGACAUGACGUUGUUGCCGCCAAGCGGGUUUAGCGACAGCCGCGAAUUGAGCGACGUAGAAUGCGACCGUGAUCGUGAUCGUGAUCGUGGUGAACGGGAUCGUGAUCGUGAUCGCGACUGGCAAGGCCUGGCGACCGGGACCCGCCACGGUGGCAGCUUGGGUAGACUGCCGAUCGAGGCCGUCGAAUCUAUGCUCGCUAGGUACCAACAAAGGAAGGAGCAAGAAAGGCAAGAGUUCACUAUACAUGUAUGA